AUGACAUACCUCUACUGGGAGGAUAUACAUCGCAGUUACAAGACGCUGCAGAAGCUACGGACCAAGAAGGGGAAGCUGCUCAGCAGGUCGGCCUUCUUACUCCGAUGUCGAGAUAAAGAAGUGAUGCCUACGUUCGCCAAAUUGCGGCAUCCUGUCAAUACCAACAGGGCGAGACACAUCUUACGACAGGCGAACGCUGCCCUAGUACGAGAACACGUCAGGGCCACAAGACUGGAACUCGACACGAACGCUAGAAGCCUGCUUUCUCUACACUUCCGAUUGGCUGCUUGUCCCCUGGAACACACCUGCGACUGGAUAGAAGGCAAUACCUUUACCAAUGGCGAAUGGUCAAAGAAGAAAGCCACCGAAAGGCAGUGCAAGAAAUUCCUUCGACUUCCGAAAGUGCGACAACAGAAAGAAAAACCAUCUCUCAACAAAGUGGUCAUUAAUCUAACAUCCAAGAAACUGGAUGGGCCAACACAAGAGGUGCUGUCCAAGGGCCUAAACUUGGCGCCAGUUCCGAGGACCCUGCCGAAACGGGACAUCAUAAGUGGGGUAGAGGAAGCCAUAAAGAGACUACCUGAUGAGGCUGCAGAAGAAGUAAGAAGAGACGUCUGCAAAGUACUAGACAAGGCAAAGAUGCCGAAGAAUAACAUUUCGGCUGCAGAACAUAAGGCACUACGGGCACUCAGGGAGGACCAGGACACAGUGGUCUUGGCAGCGGACAAAGGGAACGCCACGGUGCUGCUUAAAUCAGAAGACUAUUGGCAAAAAAACCGACGCCCUCCUGCAGGAUCCUGCCUACAAACGACAAGGGAAGGACCCCACCACAACAGUGACUCGCAAGACCGUUGA